AUGUAUAAAAAUGACUUGAAAAAACAAACAAUUGGUGAUAUCAGUUUUCAAUUUACACCAAAUGCAGGUCAAUUAAAAUUAACUGAUAUAAGAAAAUCAUUUCAUAAUGGUCAAAUUGAAAAAAAAGUAUCUCAUUUUGGAAUUGGAAAAGCAACUUGUAAAUUAAAAAUAUCUCAAGAUAUUUUUAUUCCUUUUAUUGGAAGUUCAUUAUCAUAUGGUUUAAAUGUUAUUGGUAAAAAUGUUAGUAAUCAACAUCAAAUAAUAUCAAGUCCAGAAACAGAUAGACGUCAAAAAAAGAAUAAUAUUAUUGAUACUAUAGAGAAUGAAUUAGAAGAUAUUGAUAUGGAUAUAAAUUAUUGUUUAAGUAGAGAAAAAGAUGUUAUUGAAUUUCCUUCAUGGGAUAAUCAAUUGAGAGGAAUUGAAUGUCGUGUUGAAAAAAUGGGUCUUGUAAUAUAUGAAGAUAUUGUAAAAAUUAUUUUAAAUGAGCUAUAUGAUUUAUGGCCAAAAUGGAAUUUAAGAGCUCGGGGAAUUAUUGUCAAAAGGCGUUUACAAAAUUUUAAAAAAAUUUUUAUUGAAAAAUGUAUUACUUUUGAUAAAUAUCCCUUUUGGAGAAAAGAUUUUUCUUUUUCUCCUAUGAAAAGUAACAUUGAUUGUAAAACAAAGUUACAUUUUUUUAUAAAUCAAGAUUUUUUUGAAAAUGUAAGAAAGAAUUUAAUAUUUGAUUGGGAAAACUUUUUUGAAAAUAGUAAUUUUAAAGGUGGUAGAAGUUUGGAAGAACUUGUUGAGGAAGUUGAUAAUUUUAUUAUGAAAGCAACACGUAUAACUAGAUUUCAUUGGCCUUUAUCUAUUUGCAAAACUUUACUAAAAUUUUCACAAGAAUGGAUCAGUUGGGUUGGUGAAGAUUCUGAAGAAAAUAUUAAUAAGUUUUUUAAUGGUAUUGCUUCAUUGCAAAGACACUUACUUAUAACAGUGAUAAAAGAAAAUUUUCAGAAAUUUUUGAAAUAUAGAAGUUCAGACAAUACUAGUAAUGUUGACACAGAUUGUGAUGAAUAUCUUGAUGAUUCAGAUAAUGAAUUGCUUCUUUAUAAUGUUGUGAAACAAAUUUCUAUUUUAGGAGAUGAAAUACCAAGAUGUGAAACAAAAUUAUUUCCUGAAAUGUUUGGAAAGAUUAAAUUUAUUAAUUGUGGAAAUGAUGUUAAUCUUCCAUUAUUUCGAAUACGAUUUCAUGAUAUAUUUGUUCCAUUUGAAAAAGAAUACCUUGAAUUACGUAAUAAUGUUAAUAUUUUUUUAGCUGAUAAUUUUCAACCUGACAAAUGGAAAACAUUAUGCUUAAAUUGUUUGGACUAUCAAAAAAGAUUAAAUAUUAAAGGAAGUACAACAUUUUCAGAAUCAAUUAUGGUAAAUUAUAUUUCUAAAAAAACAAUGUUACAAGACAAAACUUCUGAUAUGAUUGGAGAAUUAAGAAGGCAUAUGGAUGAUUACUUAUCAUUAAAAAUGAAAGAUACAAUAGAUUUUUAUGGAAAUGCAAGUUCAAAAUUAUAUGGAAAAAGUGAAAUUGAUCAGAUUUGUUCUAUUGCUCAAGUCAUAGAAAAAGAUCUUCCUAUACUAAAAAAGAAAUUAGAAGAUGUGAAAAGUGCUUUUAAAGUUGUUCUUGAAUUAGAUAUGGCAAAUGAAACAAUAUUUUUAAAACUUUUUAAUAUAUUACAUUUACCUAAAAAUUUAACACUUCUUAUUGAACUUAUUCAAAGUAUUCUUAAGGUUGAUCAAGAGGAUAUUGAAAAAGAAAUUGUAAUUCAGGCAAAAGAGAUGUAUGAUGAAGUUUCGGCAUUAGAUAGAGAAGUACACUUUGCCAAAAGAAAAUAUGUAAAUAGUAAAUAUUAUAAAGAAAUUGAUCGUAUUGUAAAAAGAUUUGAAGAUGCUGAAAAAAGGUUAAAAGUAAUAGUAGAAGAAUUUCCUAUUUUAGAAAAAAGAAUGGAAGUUCUAGAUCUUCCUCCUUUAAAUAUAGAUAUUAAAAAAUUAUUAAGUAGAACAUCAGUGUUUAAAAAUUUUGCUAACGUCAAUUUUAAAAUUAGUCAUUUUUAUGAAAAAAUGAUGUGCCAAUUAGUAAGUAAAAUAGAAUAUAAUAAGUAUGAUGAUCUUUUUAUUGAAAUUAAAAAAAAUUUUGAAACAUUGAAAAUUGAUAAACAAAAAUACAAUGAUAUUGUAUUAACAAAUGUCAUUGAUGUAGUUUUGAGAAGAAUGGAAAAUAUGUUAAAUGAAUGCAAUGAAGUUAUGCCCAUCCUGAAAAUGUUGUGUUCUGAAGGAAUGAGAGAUAGACAUUUUAGUAAAAUUUUUCAAUCAAUAGAUAAUACUGAAAUUACCAAGGAAAAUUUAACCGUUAGAAAAUUAUUAGAAUUAAACUUAAUUGAACAAGUAGAUGUUUGUGAAGAAGUCACUGAAAUAGCAAAUAAAGAACUACGAUUAGAAGAAACAUUAAAACAAAUGCAGGAACAGUGGGAAGAACUAGAAUCUUCAAGUUUAAAUAAUAUAUUAUUUGAUAGUGUUACUCAAAGUUUGCUUAAUGAACAUAUUAUAAAGACACAAACAAUAAUAUCUUCACCAUUUGCUGAAGCAAUAAUGGAUCAAUUAAAUAAAUGGUUAAAAACACUUUUUGAAGCUUCUAAUAUUUUAGAACUAUAUAAAGCAUGCCAUUUAAAAUGGCAGGCAAUGGAACCUAUUUUUGUUAAUGAAGAUAUUGUUUAUCAAAUGCCAGAUGAAUGGAGAUUAUUUCAAAAUGUUGAUUCCAGAUGGCGGCUUAUUUCAUUGAAAAUUAUGCAAUAUAAACAAGCCAUUAAAAUCAUUGAAACUAAUGUUAAGGAAGAUUUAAAUAAAAUAUUAGAAGAUAUAAAAUCAAUUCAGAAUGGAUUUGAAAAAUAUUUACAAACAAGAAAAAUUAACUAUCCAAGAUUAUUUUUUCUUGCUAAUACAGAACUUUUAGAAAUGUUAGCACAAUAUAGAAAUACCAAAUCAAUAUGUAAUUUCUUACCAAAAAUGUUUAGUUCAAUUUAUGAUCUUACAUUUAAUACUAGAGGAGACAUAAUUGAAAUUAUAAAUGAAAAUGAUGAAAAACUUUUACUUUCAAGACCAAUACAUGCAUCAUUAUCAAAAUCACAUCUAGAAAAACGACUUAAUGAAUUAGAAAAAGAGAUGAUUUGGAGUUUAAGAAAUACUCUCAAAAAACUAAUUCAAAAUAAUGGUAUUAGUUUUGAAAAAUGUGAAAUUAUUUUGGAAGGAAAUUUAGAUCAAAUUUGUUUACUAUAUUAUCGUCUUAACAUAACACAAUGUAUAGAAAAUGGAAUAAAUAGUUCAAAAAUAAAUUUUUCAAUAGAUACCUUACAAAAGUUUAGAUCAAAUUGUCAGAAAUUAUUGAAAAUUAAUAAAAAUAUAUGGCUAAAAAAGAAACUACUUUUGCAAACGCUGAUAGUUGAAAUUGAUGAGUAUGUUGAUAUAUGUAAACAACUUAUUGAAUCGGAAGUUUAUCUUGUCGAUCAUCUUCUAUGGAAAAAAGAAUUACGAUAUUACUGGAAAAAUGAUAAUUUAUUCAUUAGGAUUCUUCAUAUGAAUAUUAUUUACUCAUAUGAAUUUUUGAGUAUUUCUCAGUUAAUAACACCAACCGUGGAAACAAAAAAACUUUGGAGACAUUUAUUAUAUGCUCAAAUCCAAAAUUAUGGUGGUAUAAUUUGUGGUCCUCCAGCAACUGGAAAAAGUGAAUCAUGUAAAACAUUAGCAGCACUUCUUGGUAGACACUCUUUUUCAUUUAAUUGUUCAGAACAAGUUUCAAAAAGUCGAAUAGAAGAUUUACUUACUGGAGCAGCACUUUCAGGAACAUGUUUAUGUUUAGAUGAAUUUAAUAGAUUGCAAACAAAUACAAUGGCCUGGUUUGCAAAUCAUGUCGUUGGAAUUUAUCAAAGUAUUUCUUCAAAAAGUAUGAAAUAUGAAAUUAUGAAUAAUGAAAUAGUAUUAAAAUCUAAUUUUUUUAUUGCUGUUACAUUGAAUCCUGAUAAAAUAGGAAGAUACCCCAUACCUGAUAAUGUUACUCCGGCAUUUAAAGUUAUCAUAGCAAAUACACCAGGACUUUUAACUAUUUGUGAAAGUUAUCUAAAAAUGAAUGAAUUUAAGGAUUAUCAAACUUUAUCAACAAAUGUUAUAAAGACUAUGAAUAUAUUAGAAUCUCUAUUAACUCCAAUGAAACAUUAUUCUUUUAAGCUUAGAAUAAUAUUUUCUAUUAUAACAGAAGCUGUAAUAAACAAAAAUAAUAAUAUUCCUGAAUUUGAAGCUGUUAAAAUGGCAAUGGCAUUUAUUAUAAAACCUUUUCUUAUUGAAAAAGAUAAUGUGGUAUUUGAUACUGUUCUCAAUUAUACUUUUUAUGAAAAAAUGUUAAAUCGAAAAAAUAGUUAUAAAUUGUAUGAUGACGAAGAAAUGAAUAAAACAUUUACAUUGAUUACACAAAGUUUAUCAUUUACAAUUGAUACAAAAUAUAAGCAUAAAUGUUUUGAAAUCAUGAUGAUUUCUCGAAUCUCAAAAGCAAUUCUAAUGUUAGGUUGUUCAUUGACAGGAAAAUCAACACUUCUAAAACUUGCUUCAGAAAUGUUAAAUCAUAUUUCGAAUAAAAAAAUUAUCAUUAAAAGAUUUAAUCCCAGUCGAUUUUCACAAGAAUCAAUUUUUGGCACAUUUCAUCAAACUUUUAACGAUUGGAAUAAUGGCUUUUUGGUUGAAAUGUUAAUGAGUAAAUUAGAUGAAACCGAAGAAUUAUGGAUAGUUUUUGAUGGUUUAUUAGAUUCUGAAUGGGCAGAAUCACUUAAUAGUUUGUUAGAUAGUAAUAAUAAACUAAAUUUAGCUAAUGGUGAAAGUAUAUUACUAGAAAGUAAUAUUAAAAUAUUUUUUGAAACAGAUUCUGUUGAAAAAAUUGCUGCAAGUACAAUUAGUAGGUGUAGAGUAAUUAAUACAAAUGAUAUUGUUAUUGAAAUAUCUUCAUGUUUAGAAGCAGAAGAACAGUACAAUUCUAUAUUAAGUGUUGCUAGUUUGUUAAAGUUUCCAAAUAUGACUAUUAAAAAUUAUUUUUAUACACAACUUCAAAAUAUUUUAACUGUUUAUAAAAAAUUUUGGAAUCAAUCAUUAUCUAACACUUUGAUGUAUGAAAUUCAAUAUAUUUUUCAAAAUUUAAUAAUACCUAAAGAAAAUUUUCUAAAAGAUUUUAAUUUGGAUAAAAUAAUACCACCACAUCCAAUGCCUUUAAAUAAAUCAUCAAAUAAUUUAUUUGAUAAUAUUCAUUUAAAAAAAUUAAAUGACAUAUUGUUAAAAUUAAUAUAUGGUAAUCAAUUUAUUAUAUUAGCUGGAACAUUUGGAUCUGGUAAAACAACAUUUUUGGAAAAAUUUACCUCAUCACUAGAUGUUUCUUUAUGGGAAAUAUAUAAAUUUGAUAUAACAACUGAAACAACAGCAACAAUAUUUUUAGAUUCACUACUACAAACUAAAUUAUUUAGAGUUACAAAAGAUCAUUAUACUGUACCUGGAAAUCGUAAUAUUUUAAUUAUUAUUAACUCACUUCAUUUAGUUAAUGAUAAUUCAAGAAAUAGUAUUUGGGAAUUUUUACGUUGCUGUUAUGAUAGAAAGAUAAUCCAACACAUUGAUGGUUCUGUGUGUACAUUUGAAAAUGUUUACUUUCUUGCUGAGUACUCUGCAAAAUAUAUUGAUGAUAUUGUGGAAAAAAUUCCACAACGUAUGCGUAGAUAUGUUAUUCCUAUUUCAUUUCCUAAUGUUUUAAAAUUGAAAAGGCAAGAAACAACUUUGAAUUCAUUUGUAAAUCAAUUAAAAUUAUUUGCCGAAAAUAAUACUAUUAUAUAUAAUGAAAUAUAUUUUUAUUAUAAAUAUUUGUCUGAAAAUCAAAAAAUAUCAUACAGAAUAUUGGAUGAUUAUUGUAAAGAAUAUAUUAAGAAAGAAAAUAAUUUUGUAAUAUUUAAUAAUGAAAAUAAACAAAAAGUUCAAAUUCCAUUGAAGUCAUUCAAAGAAUAUUUGUUAAAAAAAAGAAAAGAUUUUAUAAAUUUGUUUUAUAUAAUUGAAAUUCCUAUUACAGAUACUAUCUCAAGGCGUAUAGCUUUUUAUUGGAAGACACUUUUUAUUCAUAAUUAUCAUUCUAUAACAUUUACUUCAUAUAAUUCUUGGGAUAUAGAAAUUAUUUCAUUUGCUUGUUAUAUUGAAAAAAUUAAUUUUGAAAUAAUAUAUCCUGACGCUACUCCAACACAUUGGAAUGUUAUUCUAAUGAAAUCUAUUAACAUUGCUGUUGUUGAGGAGAAAAAAGUUUUAAUAUAUAUUCCAGAUAAUAUUUAUAAUAAAGAAACAAAGAAGACAAUCUUGAAAGAUGUAAAACAAUUAGUUAAUGGUGGAUUACCUCUUGAUUUAUUUGGUCCAAAAUCAAUAAAUGAAUUGGCUGAUUCUUUUUAUAUGAGAACUUCAAUGAAACCAACUUCAGAAGUUUUAAAAAAUCAAGAACAAUUGUCAGAUGUUGACCAUUUUAAAGCAACAACAAAUGAAUGGAAAAAAUAUAAAUGUAUAAAAGAAUUAUUAAAAUCAAAUUUAAAAAUUCGAUUUGCUAUAACAGAUAAUACUAAUGGAAUAGGAAAUUUACGUGAUAUUCAAGAUUACUGUAUAAUAGAAGACUGGAGAAGAUGGACAGAAGAUGAUUUAUUAAAUAUUGGUAUUUCAAUUUUAGAAGAAUCCAAUGAAUUUAGUGAUGGUAAUUCAAUUAAUUUUGUUCAAAAAAUGAUAAAUAUACAUAAUGUAAUAAGAAAAGUUGAUAACUCAUAUUCCACAAAACAUUUUAUUGAUUAUUGUAAAACUUAUUGUUAUUUAUGUAAAAAAAUGAGAAUUGGUAUUGAGACAUUAGAUAAAAGGUAUAAAGCAGGUAUUAAGAGAAUUAUAAAAGCUGAUGAACAGAUGAAUUUUUUACAACAAGAAUUAUUACGUCUUCAACCAGAAUUACUUAGAACAUCACUGGAGACAUCUCAAUUAAUAUGUGUAAUUGAAAAAGAAACAAUUGAUGUUGAAAAUGCUAAAGAAGUUGUGGCAGCUAAUGAAUUUAAAGCUAAUACCACUGCAACAAAUGCUCAAUCAUUAAAAGCUGACUGUGAAAAUGAGUUGUCUGAAGCUAUACCAGCACUAGAAUCUGCUAUAGAUGCAUUACAAUGUAUUGAUCAAAAAGAUAUUAGUAUGCUUAAAGCAAUGCGAUACCCACCAAGUGGUGUUCGACUUUGUAUGGAGGCAAUAUGUAUUCUUUUAGAAGAGGAACCAGCGAAAAUUCAUGAACCAGGAAAAAAAGCAAAACUUGACUAUUGGGUUACAGCUCAAAAAUUGUUGUCUGAUAUGCGUUUUUUACAAAGAAUUAAAAAUUUUGAUAAAGAUAAGAUACCAUUAAAAGUAAUUAGAAGAAUAAGAAGAGACUACCUUUCAAGGGAAGAUCUUGAUACAGAAAAUAUUAAAGCUUCAUCAGUUGCUGCUGAAGGUUUAGUUAAAUGGAUUAAGGGUAUUGAUACAUAUUUAAGAAUAAGUGAAAUAAUUGAACCAAAGAAAAAAAAAUUAAAAGAGGCAGAAUUAUUAGUUAAAACAGAGAUGAAAUUACUAGAAUCAAGGAGAAAAGCUUUAAUUGAGAUUACAGAACGUUUACAAAAAUUGAGUGAUCAAUUUAGUCAGAUGAGUCAAAGAAAAGAAGAUUUAAUUGAAAAUAUUAAAAAUUGUGAAAUAAAAAUGGGAAGAGCAGAAAGAUUGUUAAAUGCUUUGACAACAGAAAAAGGUAAAUGGAAAGAUAAAUUAUUAGAAUUAAAACAAGAAUCAGAAGUUUAUAAAUAUAAUAUGCUUGUUGGUUCUUCAAUUAUGGAAUAUAUAAGUAAUUGGAAUAGUAAUAAAAAAGAAGAAAUGAUAGAUAAGAUAACAAAAAUUUCAGGAUGUAAAGAAUCUUUUAAAAUGUCAAUGUUUUUAGAUCCUACUUCAGAAUAUUUAAAUUGUAAUAAAGAUUUAAUUAAUACAUUUGCAAUUGUUUUAUCAAGUCGAAAAGUUCCACUUGUUUUGGAUACUCAAGGUGGUGUUCCAAGAAAUAUGUCAUAUAUGAUUGGUCAAAAACUUGUUAUUAUUGAUUGUCAUGAUAAAAAUGUUUCUUGUGUUUUAAAAAAUUGUAUUAUAGAAGGAAAAAUUUUACUUAUUGAAAAUGUUGUUAACCCAGUUCCAUUAGUUAUUUAUCAAGUAUGUAAUAAACAAUUAUUUAAUAUCAAAGAAAUUAAAAUGCUUAGAUUUAAUAAUGAAAUGAUUCCUUAUAAUGAUAAUUUUCAUUUAAUAUUAUGUAGUAAUCAGAAGAUUAAUCAAUUCUCAAGUGAAUUUAUCUCUUAUCUUUGUUGUAUAGAAAUUACAAUUAAUGAAGAAAUUAUUAGAAGUCAUUUGUCAGAAGAAUUAUUAAAAGUUAUUGCAUCAAAUCAAAUGUCAAGAAAAGAAAUUUUAGAUAAAAAUAAUUUAGAUUUAUGUAAUAAACUUAAAAAUAUUGAAGAAAAUAUUUUGAUGCUUUUAGCUAAAAGUAAAGACCUUGAUAAUGAAACUUCAAUUGAUAUGUUAAAUGAAAUGAAGACAGUUACAUUAAAAAUUCAAGAAAAUAAAAUGGAAAUACAUUUAAUUAAUGACCAUUUGACUCAAGUAACUAAUAGUUACAUGUCAGUGAUAAAUCAUACAAUCAAGAUUAUUAAAAUCUUAAUGAAUUUACCUAUACUAAAUAAAUUGUAUGGACGUUCACUUAACUUUUUGAUUAAUGUUUUUAGAGAUGCAUUAAUUAAUGUUGCAUCUGACAUUAAAGAAACAAAUAAUAAUCAGUUAAGAGAUGAUAUAUCAAAAUAUUUUAUACAACUGUUUGGCAUGGCACUUUUUAAUCCCCAUAAACAAAUAUUUGAAUUUGUUGUGUCAAAUUUAGUUAAUUUUGACUAUUUUACUUCAAUACAUGAAUUUAAUAUGGAUAAGUUAUUUAAUGAGUAUGAAAAAUUUAUUAAAUUAACAAAUAAACAAAAUAAUGAUUUGUUCGAGAAUCUUAAAAAAAUAUAUACUUUUAAUAAACCAGUUCUUCUUGCAUAUUCUUCAUCAAUAUCAAGUGAUUAUCUUUUACAAUCACUUCAUCAACUUUCAAUGAAUGUUAAUAUUAAUCAAAGAUGUCACAUAUUUUCAAUAGAAGAAAUUGAUAAAAUUAAUUGGAAUAAAUAUUAUAAAGAUGGUGAAUGGAUUAUAAUAGAAAAUUGUCAUCUUGGCACACCUCAACAUAUUUCACAAUUAAUUUAUAUUUUAAAAAAUUUAACAAAUAAUGAAAUAAAAAAUUUUUCAGAAAAAUUUCGAUUAUUUGCUACAAUUUCAAAUAGUAUAAUGACAGAAAAUUGCGCAUUAUUAGAUAAUAUCACUGUUGUUGCAAUGGAUCAAAUCUUUAAUAUAAGAAGUUUUUUAAAAUUUUGUUACACAAAUAAAGUUAUAUGUGAGAUACAUGAUAAUGCAAAGACAUAUAUAUUUAGAGAAACAUUAUAUAAAUUAUGUAUAUUUCACUAUGUAUUAAUUGAAAGAUCUAAAUAUGGUAUUUAUGGUUGGUUUAAUGAAUUUUCACCAACAUUUACAGAUUUUGUUAGUAUGAUUAAUUUAUAUAAAGAAAACAUGACAAUCAUAAAACAUGAAAAUUUUGAAUCAAUAUAUCAAAAUAUAUUAGAAUUAUCUUAUCAGGGAAAAAUGUCAGAUGAAAAUGAUUUAUUUACUUUUAUAGUAUUAGCAAAAUGGAUAUUUGUUGGAUUAAAUAAAUUUGACAACAUUAUUAUUGAAAAUCUUCUUAAUUUUGAUUUAACCUCUUCUAGUGAUGUUAUUUCAUCAAAAUUUGAUAAUUAUCAUUUUUGUCAAAGUUUACAUUUAAGUGGUUUAAAUAAACAUAUUUCUGAGGUGUUCCUUCAACAUGAAGUUAUAACACAUCGUGAAUUUAUAUUAAAAAUGAUUGGAAAAAGUUCAAAAGUUUUAAAAAUUAAUGAUAUAUUUAGGAGAGGAACAUUAAAAAAUGAAAAUGUUGAAAAAAAUGAUUUUCCAUAUAUUUUAGAAAAAAUUCCAUCUAGUUAUACAUUAAGAAAUUUAUUACAUUUAGAUCAUGUUAGUUAUUGUAUAACAAAUGAAAUAAAUUUUUUAAAAACAAAAAUAAAAGAAUCCUCAAAAGUUUUUUUACAAAUACAAUAUUUAGAAACAAUUUUAUUAGAAAAAGGAAUAAGAAAAAUUGAUUUAAGAAGAAUAUUAAGACCAAUUUCAAUAAUUGAAGGAAUAAAACUUGAUUAUGCCAAAAAGUAUGAUUGUAGUAUUGAGGAAAUUUAUUGUUAUGGUACUAUUAAAGAACCUGAAGAUAAAUCUCAUGUUUUAGAACUUCAAGGAUGUUAUUUAAUUGGUUGUACAUAUGACAUAAAAACACAAAAAAAUAUGUAUAUAUUAAAAGAGUUAUCACCAUCAGACAAUCCCUCUACCCCAAUACCAAAUAUAUAUGUUUGUUUAAAAAAUGUAUCAUCAAACUUUCUUCAAACACUUUCAAAAAAAUUUUUAAUGUCUGAAUUGGUAUUAAAUAAAAAACAUCAAGAUAAUCAAGCUAAAAUAUUUAAAAAAAUGUAUUUUCAAUUGUAUCAUUAUGAUAAUGUAUUAAAUGAAUAUUUACCAAUAUUACCAAUAAUGAUUCAUUCAAAUAUACCAGAAUCUCAUUGGUGUUUAAGAGGAAUAAAAUUAUUAACAUCAUCCCCCAAAAUAUUUUAA